UGUUUUACGAGACUGCGGUUGUUCAAGUUGUUUGUUAAUCAUAUAACGUUGGUGUAUUUUACGUGUUGAACCCCCAGCAAUAAAAAUGGUGAUGAAAUCUUUAAUUAAUUAAUAAUAAAGUCUCUAAUUACGCUGAUUGUGUUCUCGAAUAUUUGAUCAUGCCGGAAGUGGAAGUGAAAGAGGUCAAACGGUUCAUGGUGGACAGUCUGGUGGCGGCAGGAGCGCCCUUGACAGAGGCGGAGGCUCAUGCUGAUUUACUUCUUCAUGCGGAUACUGUUGGGCAUUUCAGUCAUGGAUUAAAUAGGCUUGAAUUGUAUAUAAAUGACCUCAAAUCUGGAGUAUGUAAUGCUAAAGCGAAGCCAGUUAUACUAAAGGAAACAAUAGCGACAGCUUGGGUCGAUGGAUGUGAUGGACUUGGUGCUACGGUCGGUAAUUUCUGCAUGGAUCUGGCAAUUAAUAAGGCCAAAGAAUGUGGCGUUGGAUGGGUCGCCGUUAAACGUUGUAAUCAUUACGGUAUGGCUGGAUACUGGGCGUUGAAAGCAGAGAAAGAGGGCCUUAUUGGCAUGUCUUUUACUAACUCUGCAGCAAUUAUGGUGCCAACGAGAGCUAAAAAGAGUGCAAAUGGAACUAACCCAAUCGCAAUGGCUGCACCAGCGACGGGAGGCGAUUCUAUCGUCGUCGAUAUGGCCACAACCACAGCUGCCAUGGGAAAGGUUGAAGUUCAAAUCCAUAAAGGAGAACCAAUACCAGAAGGUUGGGCUUUAGGACCAGAUGGCAAGACAACUACGAAUGCGCAAGUGGCGUUUAACACAGGUCGACUUCUACCUUUGGGUGGUUUUGAAAAGACAAGUGGUUAUAAAGGAUUUGGUCUCAGUGCAAUGGUAGAAGUCUUCUGUAGUGGACUUUCUGGUUCCCGGGCUACUCACAACGUCCCACUAUGGACUUACAACCAGACCGAAUCCCCAAACCUCGGGCAGUGCUUCGUGGCUAUAGACCCGGGGUGCUUCGCGCCAGGCUUCGAAGAGAGAAUAGCGGACUGUCUCCAGCACUGGAGGAAUAUGGAGCCGGUUGAUCCUUCUCUCCCAGUGUUAGCUCCAGGUGAUAAAGAAAAGGCUAACGCUGACGCUACAAUAAAAAGAGGAACAAUAAUUUAUCCUCAACCUCAAGUGGACUCUUAUAAGCGAAUGGCAGAGAGAAUUGGUAUUCGACCUUUGGAAGUUUAUGGACAAUAGUUAAAAUAAAGCAUAAACCUAAGGUAUUGAUGAUAAAGCGACAUAACACUAAUCAGUACAAA